GCCGCGGGCUUUUGCUAUAUAUAUCUGCUAAGUUCAAGCUAUGGUCGGCACAUACACGAAAAGGAUUUCUAAAGAUAUGAAGGUAGCUGUAUUUAUACUCGGAGCUCUUGUCUCCGCGGCCUUGGCCGAUCACAGAGAUGGUCCAUCCAUCCCAAACAUGCCAGACUUAAACAAAUUGAACAACUUGGCUGGGGGUAAGAUACCCGAAAUUCCCGCAGGAAUGAAACUUGAAGAUCUCAAAGACGCCUUUUACAACAUGCCCCCUUCAAUGAAAGACAGACUCAACGAGAUGGCACAAUCAUUUGGUAUGCAGCUUGAUGAUGUUGAAGAUGCAUUGAACAACCCACCAGAGAAACUCAAGGAAUAUUUUGAAAAGAAUGCCGGUGCAUCUAACGAUGGUACAUUUAAAGUACCAUCCGGAAACACCGAGGCCCCAGCAGCCGGUGGUCUUGACAUGAACGACCUCCUGAAAAACAUGGACCUCGGUUCCAUUGGCAACAUGAUGAAAGGAAUGGACAUCGAAGGAAUGAUGAAGAACAUGGAUCUUGGCGCCAUGGGUGAUAUCAUGAAAAAUGUCGACAUCGGAAGCAUGAUGCAAAACAUGGACCUCGGCUCAAUGGGAGAUAUUAUGAAGAACGUCGACGUCAACAGUAUCAUGAAGAAUAUGGAUCUUGGCGCCAUGGGUGAUAUCAUGAAAAAUGUCGACAUCGGUGGUCUCAUGAAAAAUAUGGAUCUCGGUGCUAUGGGUGAUAUUGUAAAGAAUGUCGAUAUUGACGGAAUAAUGAAGAACAUGGAUCUUGGAAGCAUGGGCGAUAUGAUGAAAAAUAUGGACAUCGGAGGUAUGAUGAAGAACAUUGACCUGGGAUCAAUUGGAAACAUGGCAAAGAAUAUGGAUAUCAGCGGUAUGAUGAAAAACAUGGAUCUCGGCGCCAUUGGCGACAUCGCAAAGAACGUCGACAUUGAAGGAAUCAUGAAGAAUAUGGACAUGGGAGCUAUGGGUGAUAUCAUGAAGAACGUAGAUAUCGGAUCAAUGAUGCAAAACAUGGAUCUCGGUGCAAUGGGAGAUAUCGUGAAAAAUGUCGACAUUGGAGGAAUCAUGAAGAACAUGGAUAUGGGAGCUAUUUCCGGACUCAUGAAGAAUAUGGAUAUGGGAGCUAUUUCCGGACUCAUGAAGAACAUGGAUAUGGGAGCUAUUUCUGGACUCAUGAAGAACAUGGAUAUGGGAGCUAUUUCUGGACUCAUGAAGAACAUGGAUGUGGGAGCUAUUUCCGGACUCAUGAAGAACAUGGAUAUUGGUUCACUCAUGAGCAAAAUUGAUGUUGGUGCAAUUACAGGUAUGGUGAAGAACAUGGACUUCGGCGCAAUGAAGGAUAUGGUAAAGAACUUUGACUUCAGUUCAUUGAAGGAUGUGAUGAACCUCGAUUCUCUCCUCGACAUGAGGGAUCUUGCCUGGGAAUACCUCGAGAGCAAGGGCAUGCCAGUUGAUGAUCCAAUGGAGUUCUUGAACUUUGUGCACGAGAAACUUAAGAGCCUUCCCCUCCCACCAGGUGUUGAUGUCACCUCUAUCUUGAACAUGGUUCACGGACAGCUUGAAGCUAUGGGAUUCCCAGAGGAUAAGACCAAGGUCAAGGAAUGGCUUUUGGACCAAGCUGGACUCGUAGGAAUCAAGGAUAUUGAGGAGCUCAAGGACCCAGAAGUAUUGUCACAGGUUAUGAUGAAGAAGGCUUUCCGUAUGCUCGGCAUCAACGAGGAUGAAAACCCUACCGUUGUCAAGGACAGAAUAAUUGAACAGCUCACAGAAGAGGCCAGCAAGCUGGGAGCAUCCGUAUCCAAGGACAGCACACCAGAACAACUCAUGCAAGAAAUGGACAAGGUGUUGACCAAACACUUGAACGAAAUCGUCGGUAUUAAGGCUGAUGCUUUCAAGACAGGUUCGAUCCACAGAGCUGCCAUGAAUAAACUCCAGGAGAUGGGCAUUCCAAUCAACGAUUUCGGAGCCAUGAAGAAAUUCGUCAUGCACAAAGUCAUGAAACAGAUGAUGAAAUCAGUGACCCCAAUGAUCAUGAACUUCUUCUUCCCGAGACCCAGACCACACCCAAUGCCACCCAUGCCACCAAUGAUGCCACCUAUGAUGCCAAACCAAAAGAUCCCGAUCAACCUUGACAUUGAAGUAAAUGUUGAACAAGCCGCACCAAGAAUGAUCCCCAUGCCAAUGAUGCCAAUGAUGCCAAGAUAUCUCCAAGGAGCUGAGCCAGCAAUGGAACACCCCGGCUUGGACGAGCUGAGCGAAGAAGAAAUGUUCCACCACAUCAUGGCCGUCAGACACGGACUUAUGACCGGUGAGAUGCCCGAAGAAAUCCUCCAGGAAAUGAUCGAAGACCUUAUGACUGCACGACUAAAGACACGUGUGUUGACCGUCAGAAACAUGUUCCUCCAGGACCGUCUUGCUGCCAUGGAACACGAGAUGGACAUGAUGGCGCACGUGCAAGAGGAGGAGCCAAUUAGAGCCCACCCAAUGAGGAGACCACACAGACCCGUCAAUGAGCCAAAGAAAAGUCCACUCCUCCAGGCUCUUAUGAAACAAAGAGUUCUAUAAAUUAGUCAAUAACUAACUAAAUUGCAAUUAUCUUUAUACGGAUUUUCAAACUACGAAAACGUUUAAUAUUCAACAACAAAAAAUCUUUUUGAAUGUGUCAGUAUUUGAAAAGAACAGGCGUGGCUAACUUCAGGAUUGUGCUUUUAAUGUUUAAAUCUUUCGAUUGUUUUAUUUUGUUUUUCGUUGCCGUGACAACACAAAUACGACUGCUGGUCAGUCUGUUUCAAUGGGCAAACUAGAACUAUGAAUAUCAAAAGGCAAAAUUGUCUACAGCCUUUGCGGGGAAGAUUCUGUCUCAAAAUCCAUUCGGCCAUAGAUUAUAUAUUUCUUGUACAUACACAAAAACAAUCAGUGUUAAAAUAAAAAGUUUUAAAAACUAAAUUAACAAAUUUUUUGUGUGCAUAUUUUGAAAAAUUAACAAGAAAUAUAUAACAAACCAUUGGCUCGAUAUGUUUUUAAAUUAUUUUUGUCUUUGACUUGGAUACUUUUUAUGUAUUCCCUUUAUUGAAUUCCAUGUUUUACUUUAUUGCACAAAUGAGUCGGAGAAUUAAUAAAUAUGAUUGAAACACA